GACACUCUGAAUAACAACUCUCUGGGGAAAAAGCACAGUUGGCAGGAGCGGGUGUCCCGGUCGUCGUCCCCUCUGAAAACGGGUGAGCAGACCCCUCCCCACGACCACGUUUGCCUGAGUGAUGAGGUCAAUCACCAAAACAGCACAACCUCCACCAAAGACCGGGGCACAUCCACGGAGAGCCCGUGCCGGCGCACAGCAGCCACCCAGAUGGCACCCGCCUGCGUCACCUCAUCCCGGCCACCCGAGAAGCACCAGACCACCAGCCGACCCCCACCGCACGGUGCCAGCGUGGUGGUGGUGACGACGAGGGUCCCCGAGGCCCACCGGGACCGCAUUCGCUACCAGACGGACGUGAGGCUGGAGGCCACAGAGGAGAUCUACCUGACACCCGUGCAGAAGAACUCGGACCCACUGGAGACUGACAAGCCCUUCCUGUCUCAGUCCAGUGAGAAUCGCAUGUCCAUCAGCUCCGACGUCGACACCUCUGGAUAUUCAGCCCUGGCGGGGAAAACCAACCCCUCCAUCAGCGAGGAGGAUGAGGUGCUGGACUACAUGUCCUCCCCCGACAAGACGAACCUGUCCAGGGCUUCCUGUGGUGGUGGGAGCGGUGGCUCCCGGCCAGGGCACAACCUUCAGAGAGCCUCGGUGAGUUCGGACACCAGUGCCCUCUCCUACGACUCGGUGAAAUACACGCUGGUGGUGGACGAGAACGUGCAGCUGGAGCUGGUCAGCCUCAAGCAGUGCUACUCGGGCUACAGCGACGAGAGCGACUCGGCCACCGUCUAUGACAACUGCAUCUCCUCGCCCUACGAGUCGGCCAUCGGCGAGGAGUACGAGGAGGACGCGCUGAAGCACGACUCGGUCUGCCUCUCCGAGGACUCCACUCCUGAGGCGGACAUCCACUUCUCCAAGAAGUUCCUCAACGUCUUCAUGAGCGGCCGGGCACGCUCCUCCAGUGCCGAGUCCUUCGGGUUGUUCUCCUGCGUGAUCAACGGGGAGGAGCAGGAGCAGACCCACCGCGCCGUCUUUAGGUUUGUGCCUCGCCAUGCGGAUGAGCUGGAGCUGGAGGUGGAUGAUCCUUUGCUGGUGGAGGUGCAGGCAGAAGAUUACUGGUAUGAGGCCUACAACAUGCGGACGGGCGACCGGGGCAUUUUUCCUGCCUACUACGCUAUCGAAGUCACCAAGGACCCAGACCACGUAACAGCUCUGGCCAAGAGCAGCGACUGGGUGGACCAGUUUCGGGUGAAGUUCCUUGGCUCCGUGCAGGUUCCCUAUCACAAGGGCAACGACGUGCUGUGCGCGGCCAUGCAGAAGAUUGCCACCACGCGCCGCCUCACUGUGCACUUUAACCCACCCUCCAGCUGCGUCCUGGAGAUCAGCAUGCGUGGGGUCAAGAUUGCCGUGAAAGCCGAUGACUCCAAGGAGCACAGCAAGGUAAACAAGUGUAGCCAUUUUUUCCAGCUGAAGAACAUUUCCUUUUGUGGGUACCAUCCAAAGAACAACAAAUAUUUUGGGUUCAUCACCAAGCACCCUGCUGACCACAGAUUUGCCUGUCACGUCUUUGUCUCGGAGGAGUCCACGAAGCCACUGGCGGAGUCCGUAGGGAGAGCUUUUCAGCAAUUCUACAAGGAGUAUGUGGAGUACACGUGCCCCACGGAGGACAUCUACCUGGAGUAGGGGCUGGCACAGGCACCUCCUGCCCAGCCAGGGCUGCAGACUCGCCCCUUCCCCCGGCCGUGCAUGGACAAGAGCUGCUUUGAGCCUGGAAGAGGAGCGGGCCCGGGGCAGGGCUCCCCGGGGCCUGGAGCGAUGCCUCUUUUCGUGACUUCCCUU